AUGAUGGCAGACGACUCUCCGUUUUAUCUUGCUGUCAAUACAGAAGUUUCGAAGGCAGGGAAGAAAUGGUUCAAGGCAGCUCCACUGGGAGUAAAUUCACUUAGAUCUAUAGUGAAAAACAUGUUAGCGGCCUCCUAAGUUCAUUCAGACAAGAAAUUGGUCAAACACAGCACAAGAAAGCAUCUAGUACAGAAACUUUUGGAUAAUAAUAUUCCACCUAACGAAAUUGUGGAAAUAACUGGACACAAAAACGUGAAUUCACUGAAUAACAACUCCGCUAUAUCUGACAGAAGACAGUAG